UUCGACCCCCAAAGGGGUCGCGACCCACAGGUUGAGAACCGCUGUGCUAGAUGAAGAGAUGUGGCAUUAGUGAGUGGUGGGUAUGUAGGUGUGAACUGAUCAGGCCUCCACGCUGCCAGGUAAGCAGGAAGAGAUGCCUGGGCUUUUUCAAAUGGAAAAAUGGCGUUAGCAGGGUUGGGAGUGGAAGCAGUGUUUUAGUACAGGGAUGUAUUAUUCCAAGGAACCCAUCUCAGAAGGUACCGUGUGCACACUUUCAGCGUCAUUUCUUAUAUACCCACUUGCAUUUAUUGAAGAAAAUCCUGUGAGAGUCUCGCUUCUGUGUAGGGAGCUGCAGGGUCCUUAUUUUUUAAUUAAACACCCAUUUCAGUUUAUAGAAAACACUAUAAAAAACAUCGCUAAGUUUUACUCAACUACUUGCCCACAUGUAUUUCCCAAGGUGUGGUAUUUUAAGGUUUUGGUUUUGGUGAUAAAGUUUUCUACCCAAAUACUUACAUCCCCACUGUAGACUCAGGGUUAUGUGAGUUAUUGUUGGCAUUACACAAAGAAGUAUUAAACUGAUCCUUGCUUUCAAGGAACUCAUGGAUAAAGCAAUACAAUAAUAGAGAACAAUACAUUAUUCUGUGAACAAUUACUGUGCAUGCCAGAUUAUUUGGGAGAAAAAGAAGACUAAUAGGUGGGCAGUUAAAGUUUUUUGGAAUAAGUAGGCCUUCAGUUGAAGAAUGUACCUUAUUUGGACAGUUAGGAGGACUGUCCUUUUUUCCCUUUCUAAUUAGUACUUUCACUGUUGUGAGAAUUAAUCAUUGAAUCUCUUUCUGAAGAACAUCAGCACCAUAAUGGCCGUAGCUGGAAUAUCAUUACUUCUAAGAAGUGUUCGGCUGACAUCAAAAUUUACAAGUUCUUCAGACAUUCCACUAGAAUUUAUAAAAAAGAAUGUUAAACUACGUGGACGAUUACGCCGACUAACUGAGGAUGUUUUAGAAAUUGAACAUAUUCCUAUUACUUUACCUAUUAUAUCGUCAUGGAGAAAAGAGCCCUGUGGUGUUUUGCUGGUUAAGCUGGCUGGAGUAGAACUCACGAAAUCUGGGAAGGUGUGGUUACAAAAAGAACUAAAACCUUCCCAACUACUGUGGUUCCAGCUUCUCGGAAAGGAGAAUUCAGUACUCUUUUGCUACCUUUUAGUGAAUAAGGGUAGAUUUUUUAAUGUGAAUCUAAAUGAAGACAUUUUGAGAAGAGGCCUUGGCAAAACUGUUCUUGUUAAAGGACUAAAUCAUGAUUCUAAAAUGUAUUGGAAAAUUCACAAACGCUUACUGAAAGCUGAAUUAACAGCCUUAAAAAAGGGAGAAGGACUAUGGAAGGAAGAAUAUGAAAAAAAAUCUUAUUUGGAAAAAUUCAAAGACUCCUGGGGAGAAUAUUGGAAGAAAGAUAGUUAUUUUAAAAAAAUUGGAUCAGAUUUCAACCUGAAAAAAGAAAGUUAUUAUGACAAAUUUAGAAGUACUUGUGAAGCAUGGAAAGACAGCUCCUUAAUACUGAAGUUCAGAGAACUUAUGAGUCGCAUACACUUUCGUAGAAAAGGGUGAAAUAUUCCAAGAGGUCUAGAGGUGACCUACUCUGAAAAGAGUAAAAUAUGUAACUAUAUGGACAUAUUUCAUUGAGUUGAAAUGGGAAUUUCUCAAAAUGACCCAAGUUGUAUUUUCAUGGUAUUUAAAUAUUUAAGAGAUGAUUGUUAUAAAGGUGACAUCAGAAUAAUUUAAACAAAAUGUGAUUAAUGUAAUAUGCUUUUAGGAAAAAUUAAACACUCUAUAAAAAUGUACCAGGUUAGGGGAUAUAUACAUGUUGUGCUGAUAUUUGAAGAGAGAAUUUAAUUGUAUGGGUCAUUGUGUUCUUUAGUUAUUUUGGGCAGCCAUAUUUAAGUGUUUUUUUUUUUUUAAAGAGAAUAUUUCUUCCAGUUUUAUCAAGUUUGAUUAUUUAUAAUAAAGGAGCUGUUUAUAACCCA